UGAUUUUGAAAAUGAUUAUGGAAAGCGUGAUGCAAAUAUUGUCGCAAAAAGUACUAGAGAUUUUCCAGUAUACAAUGAAUGUGGGCACAGUUGAAUGAAAAAUGGUCGUUACUUGUUUGAGUGUAACCUUAUUAUACUUGAAACCAGUCUGCAUUCUGUGCGCAUGCGUGGUAGCUGUUGUAAACAAUUUUGGAACAACGAUAUCUUUCUCUUUUUUUUUUUAAACAAUAUAUUGCACUAAUGCGUCAAUGAAACGCCCUGAAAUUGAAUAAAAUCAAGAAGAAAUUACUUAAAGAAUGUUGUCACUGACUGUUAUUCCUUGUUCAAGAAAAACAUGAUAAAUGAAUAUCAAUCGCGAAAAUGAAUGAUAGUCUUCCAAUUGUUUUGUGAUAGAACAGGUCCCUGGCAGCCUGGCUGGAUAGAAGAAAGCUGACUGUAUGCAUGAACAUGCUUUUUGUUGAAGUUGGUGUAUCGUUUCAUAUUGAUAUCGUCUUUUAGUUACAUUGGUUAUUGAAAUGGCAGACAAUUACCAUGUGUUGGAGCUCAUUGGUGAGGGUUCAUUUGGGAAGGUUUACAAAGGAAGAAAGAAGUACACUGGCCAGAUUGUUGCCAUCAAAUUCAUUCCUAAAGUUGGCAAACCAGAAAAAGAGUUGCGAAAUCUGCGACGGGAAAUUGAUAUUAUGAGAAAUCUCCACCAUGAAAAUAUUAUUGAAAUGUCAGACAGCUUCGAAACUGAUAAAGAGGUGGCUGUUGUAACAGAUUAUGCAGAAGGUGAAUUAUUCCAGAUACUUGAAGAUGAUGGUAACCUACCAGAAGAACAGGUUCAGCACAUUGCUGCUCAGCUGGUGUCUGCUCUAUACUAUCUCCAUUCCCAUCGUAUCCUGCACAGAGACAUGAAGCCACAGAACAUACUGCUCGGCAAAGGAGGCAUUGUGAAGCUCUGUGAUUUUGGGUUUGCUCGAGCCAUGAGCUUUAAUACAUUGGUGUUGACUUCAAUCAAGGGUACACCACUGUACAUGUCCCCAGAACUCGUGGAAGAGAAGCCAUAUGAUCAUACAGCGGAUCUCUGGGCGCUUGGGUGUAUCCUGUAUGAGUUAUUCACCGGGACUCCUCCAUUCUACACUAACUCCAUCUUCCAACUAGUCAGUCUCAUUAUCAAGGACCCAGUGAAGUGGCCAAAGAACAUGAGUCCAAUGUUCAAGGACUUUCUUCAAGGGGUUCUCACCAAGAACCCUCGACAGCGGCUGGCCUGGCCAGAGCUGCUGCAUCACCCCUUCGUGGCUGAGCUAGUCAAAGUUCGUGAGGAGGACACUAGCCUGCCCAGCCCGUUCACACAGCCGCUGACUGCGUCCAUGAUACGAAUGAAGGACGAGCAGGCCAAGGAGAAGGCGCACCCCAAGGGCACCUCCAAGAUCCUUGCCAAGGCUCGCAAGAAGGCAAUGGAGGAGGAGGAGAAGAAGGGCACACGCAUAGAGAAUGGUACAGUGGAGGUCCCCAACACCACCUCUGGAAAGAAGCCAGCAGGGACUGAGUCCAGAGAAGCCUGGGGUCCCAAGUUGAAGUCAGAUGAGUGCGGGGCAGUCCCGGACAGCCAUCUGCCCGUACCUCAGCACCCUGACAGGGAGCACACAAAGGACUGGGAGAACACAGGGCUCAGUAAGAUUUCAUCCAGAGAGAAUGCUGACCCCACCCCUCGUACUGAUCGCAUCAGCAAGGACUAUGAGAAAGAGUACCCGAGUAUUGAGAUCGAGGGCAGACGCACCAUACGCAAGUCUUCGGACAAGCAGCCUACCAAGAACAUUGAAAACGUGAAGCUGGAUGGAGAGGAAGUAGACAGUGAUGAUGAAUGGCAAGGUCUGAUUGACGUCACUGAUGCCGAUGGUGAACCAGAGUCAGCUUUAAAGCUUCUCACAGACAAGAAAUUCCUCUCCAAAUUGACCGCUCGUGUGGAGUCGAGUUCUGCCCAGGUCCUGGACGGGAUGCUAGAGGGAGCAGCUAGGCUACGUACAGUCCUCAGGGUCAUCACAAACUUGGUCACGCUAAAAUGUGAUGUCGAGCUGAUAGUGAGUGCAAUCAGGGCAGUGAACCUUCCUAAGAUGCCUUUGAAACUUCUCUCUGAUAUCCUGGACAAGUCCAAGGUGAAACAGCAACCGUGGUGUCAGCAGAUCCUGGUAGAUCUCGUGAUAGCCCUCAACGCCUACUUUGCCAGUGAGAUCAGCUGGACAGAUCAUGUCGACAAACAGAUAGCUGUGGAAUUCCUGGAUGCAAUGGGUAACUUCAUGUCCCUUCUCCCUAAGCUGAUGAACCAACAGGUAGAUGAAGAUCUACGGCUGAGGGAGCAGUCCAUCCUGUGUGCAAUGUACACAUGUGAAGCCAUGGAGAGAGACAAGUUGAAGCUGGCUGACCAGUACUUCACCAUGCUGUCCUGCAAGCACACAGCAGCACUGGACGCUCUCAUGGCUGCCACCCUGCCGGACACUGCCAUACUGUACAAACUGACCGAGUUAGCUGAAGGUAAUGAGGAGCUGGCUGUAGAUCGCCAUGAGAACAUGACCCACCUGUCCCUCUCCUGCCUGGCCACCAUGCUCAAUAUCCCUCUAGAGAUGGACAACGGGGCCAACGGACGCAGAAAGCGGAGACAUGAAUACGGCCUGCGGAUUGCCCACUACCUGGGUGACAAGAUGGCGUCAAAGGGACAUGAGAAGCUGACAGAUGACUUCCUCAUAAUUCUACGGCACCCUCCCCAGUGCAGCAACAUGCUCAAGGUGGUGUAUGCAUGCUGCCAGGUGUCUACGACAUUCUGUUCAUACAUCUCCAACCAGCAGCAGCACAUGGAGUCCCUGCUGGGCGUACUCAUGGGCAAGGUUGAGCUGGCCGACAUGGAGGUGAACACGGUCAUUGAGAUGCUCAUACACAUACUGUCCACCAUCGUCAUACAGCUACAGACACUGCCACCUACAUUGACUGAUGCUGCCAGCUUGAUGGUGUCAAUAUUCUUGGAGUCCACUAUAGCCAGUCACACAGCUGCUGCAGCCCUGCUGUUCAGUCAGAUGGUGUACUGUGGUGUCUCUGUGGAGGUCCAGCCUGAGGAAAUGUUACAGGCCUGUCUUGCUGUCUUCACUGAUCUUCAACAGAUUUGUGUGAGGUGUCCGUUUGACUAUGGGAUCAUGGAUGGACUCAUGUUGCUGCUCUGUGAAAUGCUUGUACAGGCUGAUGCGCCCGUGGCCCAGCUGUACAUUGAGACAGGUAUCUGGGGUACACUGUGGCACCGUGUGGCACAGGCUUUACAGGUCAUGAACCCUGACACAGACAUGCCCAUCCAUGACAUUGAGAGUGACGCAGAGGCGCAAAAGGGGUUCAGAGACCCGGACUGGUCCCUUGUAUCACCGCAGGGACUCAUGGCUGUACUGCAAAUGUCAGUCACUGUCUUCACUAAGGAGACUCAGCAGUGCAUACCCAACCUUGCCGUUCCAGACAGCAUCAUUAUGCUUACCCUCAUUCAUCUGCUCCGAAAAGAAUUCCUGCAAUCACUUAGUAAAGGUUUCAGUGUAGAGGGUCCUCAGCUGACCGUGGACCUUAUACUGGAGGUCACCCAGAUAUGCUGCUUCCCAUUCGCUGUUGACGCCAGUGAAGACUUGCUAGGAGAAAUACAGGUGUGUUUUCACUCCCAUGAGCUGAUGCCUAAGCUGAUGUUUGCGUGUCAGAAGUAUCUGAAGGAAGAACAGCUGGAGACGCCAGUCGGCCUCAUUACGCGCCUUGUGCUCAGUAACAACAUAUUUGUGGAUCAGUUCUGCACUGCUGUUAAAGAUCUCAAAUACAUUCCAUUCCUGUGCAGCUGUGUUGCUCCAUCCAGCCCUGUUUCCAUGGUGUGUGACACUGUCUCACUGUGCAACCAUCUUGUACGCAUCUCUGCUCAGCAUAUCACAUUGGUCAAGGCCGUUAUACAAUCAAACAAAGGUGAGCCAGACAAGCUGUGUGCUCUGAUUGGUCACCACUCAGCCUCCGUGAAGUCCCGCACAUGCAGUCUCCUAGGCAACCUGAUGAAGCACAAUGCUCAGAUGUACACAUUCCUCAAGCAGAAAGACAAGCUCUUUGAUGGGCUCAUUGUCUGCCUCAAGGAUGAGGAUCAGAAUGUCCGCAAGGGUGCCAGCUAUGCGGUGGGUAAUGCUGCAUUCCACAAUGACCUGCUCUACCAGAAUCUGCGCCCUGCCAUUGCACAGCUGGUAGAACUCCUCAAGGACCCUGUCUCCAAGACCAGAAUCAAUGCUGCAUGUGCUCUUGGAAACCUUGGUCUUCAUUCCAAUCUGUUGUGUCCGCAAAUCAAAAAGAGCAAAGUUGUUCAAAGCCUAGUGUACACUGCUUGCCAUGACAAUCAGCCGAGUGUUCAGAUCAGCUGUCUCCUUGCACUACGCACACUCUCUAAGCAAGACGAUCUCCGUAAAGAAAUGUCAUUAUCAAAGACAGUAGACAAGCUCUCAGAGUUGACCUCCAUGACCCCUAGAGCUUCGUCAGCGACUCCAAGGUCAACACCAAGGUCAAACAGUGUGUUGUCAUCGAGCCUUCAGAGUAGUAGGGGUCAUACAAGCUCUAGUGCUGUCCUCAGUCAUUGCAAUAAACUCAUCAGUAUGCUUCAGGGAAAUGAGACUUGAUAUGUGAUAUAAUGCUUGUGUAGUAUGUGUGAAAUACAGGCGUGAAAUAAUGGCCAUGUACCACAGGUAAAUCAUAAUUGAAUUGUGAUGUACUGAACUAUCUGUGUAAAGCAUCAGAAUUAGACUUUGAAACGUGACAUAUUGGCUCUUGAGUACAUAGAUACCAGACUUGAAUCUCUGAAUAAUGACUUUGUAAGACAGUAAGAAAAAACUUGAAUUGUUAUGAUAUAUGCUGUGUUAUAAACUGACUGAAAAUUCGAAUGGAAAAAUAAUGACACAGUAGCGCAUGAAAAUCUCAAUAUCAUGAUCAUAAUGCUAAGAAAAAUUUAACAAACAAUCUAAAUGGAUUGUGUAGCUGCUUUCUCGUGUCACAUUGGAAUAGUGGUAAUAAAGAUCAUGGCCUGUCAAUAAGGAUUUCAAGCAUUCAUCGUCGUCCUAAAACACCAUAUUGUAGUGGUUAUCCUCCAAACUAUGUCACAAGGAGUUUGUUUAGUGUUCAUGUUUCAUGCAGACAAUAUUUGGCCAGUAGAACAUGAACUCAAUCAAAGUGCAUGCUACAAUUUAAAUGCUUACAGAACUUCUUCCUAAGCUUUACAAAGUACAUGCAUUACUGUUUACCAAAGUCUCAUGUAUGCAUACAAAGAACAUGUAUUUGUUCAACUCAGACACAGACUCUAUUAUGAGACGGAUAUGAAACGGGACCGUAUCGGCAAAUAGCUUGUCGAUACUUUGUCACGUGACCGGUAGCUAUCGAUUAGCGUACAUCGAAGCGCCGAGGUUAUACAUUUUGAUGUACAGACUCACGUCUUUUUUAUGUCCCCCACCCACUAUAGUGGGGGACAUAUUGUUUUUGCCCUGUCUGUUGGUUUGUACGUUGGUCUGUUUGCUCCAACUUUAACAUUUGCAAUAACUUUUUCAAUAUUCAAGAUAGCAACUUGAUAUUUGGCAUGCAUUUGUAUCUCAUGGAGCUGCACAUUUUGAGUGGUGAGAGGUCAAGGUCAUCCUUCAAGGUCAGAGGUCAAAUAUAUGUGGCCAAAAUCGCUCAUUUUAUGAAUACUUUUGCAAUAUUGAAGAUAGCAACUUGAUAUUUGGCAUGCAUGUGUAUCUCAUGGAGCCGUACAUUUUUAGUGGUGAAAGGUCAAGGUCAUCCUUCAAGGUCAGAGAUCAAAUAUAUGUGGCCAAAAUCACUCAUUUUAUGAAUACUUUGGUAAUAUUGAAGAUACCAACUUGAUAUUUGGCAUGCAUGUGUAUCUCAUGGAGCCGCACAUUUUGAGUGGUGAAAGGUCAAGGUCAUUCUUCAAGGUCAAAGGUCAAACAAAAAAAACGAAAAUUCAAAGCAGCGCAGAAGGGGACAUAGUGUUUCUGACAAAAACAUUUUUAUUUCAGAAAGUGUUGGUAUCUUAAUCAAAUUAUAUCCUUCCCAGAACAUUAUAAGAAUGAAACUAUUAAACAGAAAAGCUCACAAA